CCUGACGCAACUUUACAGGCAACUUUACUCUAGUGGCACUGUGCGGUGAACCGCGAUUGCUCCGCAUUAUUAUUCCUCUGCGCCUGACUCGCCUGCGCCCGGCCCACUUGCCCGCUACUGCGCACUGACACUGGCAACUGGCGAUUACCGAUCUUGACCAGGCUUGAACUUCCCCAUCCUGGCUUCCUUCGAUCGACCCGCGCCCUGUCAAAACGAAAGACCCAUAAAGCCUCUGCGUCAGCGCACCGACGCUCUUCUUCAUCACUACUACUUCUUCACCCUCUGCUUGGAUCGUCGUCUCUCUUAAGAGUUACUCACGCUGUACCGUGCAUCCUCUUACCGCCAACACCCUUUACGACGCGUAACUCUCAAGUCAUUCCUCGAGACUUCACCUCUCCUACACUCGCAAGCAUGAAGACCGUUGUCGCUGCCGCUGCCGCUGCCUUUGUUGGCGCUGCUCUGGCACAAUCUCUCUCUGAUCUGCCAGCAUGCGGUCAAACCUGCAUCAACAACAUGCUAGGACUAGCCGAAAGCCUGGGUUGCCCUCCUGUCAACGGCCAGCCAGACACCCUGUGCCUCUGCUCCAGUUCCAACUUUGGCUAUGGUAUCCGUGAUUGCACGGUCGAAUCUUGCCCUCAAGGCACCGACGUUAACUCCAUCGUCUCAUUCGGUGUGGCUUACUGCCAAGCUGCUGCCUCCGGUCAAUCGAGCGUUGGGACUCUCUCCGCGACUUCGGCCCUGACUGCUGCUGGGACUGCGACCGGCCCUGCUGGUUCGGCGUCUGGCGUCACCAGCCUGAACCCCUCCGCGACAAGUGCAGGUGCUAGUGCAGGCUCCGCCACUGGAACAGGUGGUACUUCUAACACUCCAGUCUCGACUGAGACUCUCUUCUCUACCUUCACCACCGAUGGUAGCACGAUCACAAGCGCAGUCGGCACUUCUACCAUCUUUAGCGCAGUUGGCGGUGCAGCGGCUUCUGGUGCUUCUGGUGCAUCUGGCGUUUCGGCAAGCGCCUCAUCCGCAGCUUCUGGGGCCUCCGCAAGUGCUUCCUCUCUGGCUUCUGGAGCGUCUGCUAGUGCAUCGUCCGUUGCCUCUGGUGCAAGUGCCUCAGCGUCCUCUCUCGAAUCCUCCCUGUCGUCCCAGGCCGCCUCAGCUUCAUCUGCAGCCUCUGGCGCAGGCGCUUCUGCCUCAAGCUCUGCUGCGUCGGUUGCCAGCUCUGCCUCUUCGCGACUUGCUAGUGCCACGAGCUCAGGCAGUGCCCAAGCGUCCUCGGCAUCGGCAUCGGCAUCAGCUACGUCCAGCUCGUCAGGAAACGCCGGAGUGCCCAUGGCCACUAUGGCCGCCAACGGCCUUGCAGGUGCUGCUGGGCUUGCCGCUAUUUUGUUGUUGUGAAAGCCUGCGUCACGUCCGAGAAAGACGCGGAACUGCAAUAUGAGCUUUUCCAAUUUGUUUUCAAAUCAGUGUUGAUACCCAUAUUCAGCGGUGCGGCUGCGCAUCAUUGCGGCUGCGCGAGACAAGCACGACCGAUAACGCCUGCUCCAAUGUGUUUGGCUCCGUCGUGAUGACUGCAACGAGCCUGCUGAUGCUUUUACGGCUUUUACGCAUACCAGAAGAAUACGAUAGCAAAUGCAUAGAGCUUUUGCUGUAAUAGGCCCUUUAUCAGGGCUGAUAGCUAAUCAACAAGAUUUCAAAAUGG